GGCUGAAGCGUCAACAUGCAUGGCGUUUCCGCACCGAAGCAUCCGAGAAUGGCUGAGGGAUAUCCAUUUAGACUUGGAGGGGUAUGCUGCCAAGUUCGAUGACCUGGGAUACAAUGGACAGUUCCUGAUUGAAACAGAAAGUGCAGACCUCGAAGAUGAUCUGAAGGAUUUGGUGAAAAAAGUCCAUCUUCGUGUCAUCCUGAAGGAGCAUGCAAAGCUAACGACGCUCAAGUUCCUGGAGCACGCGGAUGCUGCUCCAGCCGGUCCACAAGUGACCCAGGUGAACUGGUCAUCACAAGUGCUGUUGCUUCGGAUGUAUCGUUCCGGGCCUGACCCACAAAGCAUUCGCAAUGGACAUGUGGUGCUGAUACCCAUUUGGUGCCUGCGCUCGAUCCAGGGAAAGGUGCGGUCGGAGAUGACAUUUACUUCUGGAAAAAACAAGGAUUCUUCUGUCUAUGAGCUCAUGCAUGACAUGCUGAGCGGUAGGCAGCGUCCAGAAGACGUCGAACCACUUCAGGUCGUGGUGAACGAGCACGGGCUGCACAUUGUGAGAGGACAUCGCCGCGGUCUUGCCUUGUGCGCUCUUCAAGGCAUCUGGAGAGACCGAACUGUGUUGGCACCGUGCCGUUUGUACAAAGCGGAAGACCCGGAGAUUGCCAGUCAGUUCGCGAAUAUGGAUACCAUGGUGGAUGGCCUUUCCAUUCAAUUGCAUGGGAAAUUGCCGGAAGCCUGGCACAUGGGCAAACCUCUUUUUCGCAAUUCACAAGAGUGGUGCGAUUCCAUGGCUGACAUGCCUGUCACUGUGCAGACCUUGUCCGAAAGCUCACAACUCCGUCUGCAGUACUUCAACAAAUCAGGCCCUCAAAAUGCGCGGAGAAGAGAAUCUCUCAGCACCAGUGGCACUGCACAGGCAUCACCUCCAGUGACUCUGCAGCUUGCCAGAGCUUUGGGAAGUCAGUGUGUUGAGCACCACCAACCCAUGACUGAAAGUGCCACUCAGCCCUCUUGCAAAAGCUCUGAGACAAGAAAUGGGUCCACUGAAGGGUGUGCAGAACUCAAAGAAAACAUGGUGGUUUGUGUGACAGGCAGCAUGGGCAGUGGCUCAAGAUUACUAGUUGGCAAGAUUCUGGAAGUUUCUCGGUCUCGCGGUGUCAAAGUGCGCUACAGGGGCAGCACUGCCACUGGCCAAUCAGGCUCAUUUACAGUCGAUUGGUUUCCGCUGGAAAGGCUGAAAGUUCCCAACUUUUCCAAGCUCAAGCAAGGCAUGCAUGCGACUGUCGAAGAUGUGGACUCUGGUUCACUUUUCCAUUGCAAUGUCUUGCAGGUGUCGAAAGAGGAAGACAGAGUAGAGGCCCCUGUGUAUGUUCACUACCAUGGUUACGAGUCAGAUUAUGAUGAGUGGGUAGGUGCAGACCGGAUUCGAAGCAAGGCUUUGAUCUGGCAUGAGCCUAGUCUACCCAGUGACAUCAUGAAGAGCCAGCACUCUGAAUCUGAAAGUGCUGCGACUGCCUCUGAUGCAAGCGAUGAGGAAUCAGCAGCUUGCAUGGAAGCGAAGGUUGUGUGUUGCAGGUGGUUGGCUGGCAAAUGCUUGCAUACAGGGCAUCAUGUUCACGGAAAAAAGCUGCACUUGCACGAGGAUAUCCAGGGUUUACAGUGUGGCUUCGGUGCAAGUUGCUGGUACAAACACUAUGAGAGAAAAAGUGCCUUUUGUGCAGAACAAGGAGAGCUCAAAGAGGGCAUGGUGAUUUGCGUCUGCAGCGGCUCACAGAUGGUGUCAGGCAAGAUUCUGGACAUUUCUGGGUCUCGAGGCGUCAAAGUGAGAUACGCUGCACGGGAAGAAGCAGGCACGUGCCAUGCAGAGUGGCUUCCGCUGGAAAGGCUGAAAGUACCUGACUUUUCCAAAUUCAAGCAAGGCAUGAAUGCGACAGUCGAAGAUGUGGCCUCUGGCUCACUUUUCCAUUGCAAAGUCUUGCAGGUGUCGAAUGAGGAAGACCGAGUAGAGGCUUUGAUCUGGCAUGAGCCUAGUCUACCCAGUGACAUCAUGAAGAGCCAGCACUCUGAAUCUGAAAGUGCUGCGACUGCCUCUGAUGCAAGCGAUGAGGAAUCAGCAGCUUGCGUGGAACCGAAGGUUGUGUGUUGCAGGUGGUUGGCUGGCAAAUGCUUGCAUACAGGGCAUCAUGUUCACGGAAAAAAGCUGCACUUGCACGAGGAUAUCCAGGGUUUACAGUGUGGCUUCGGUGCAAGUUGCUGGUACAAACACUAUGAGAGAAAAAGUGCCUUUUGCGCAGAACAAGGAGAGCUCAAAGGGGGCAUGGUGAUUUGCGUCUGCAGCGGCUCACAGAUGGUGUCAGGCAAGAUUCUGGACAUUUCUCGGUCUCGAGGCGUCAAAGUGAGAUACGCUGCACUGGAAGAAGCAGGCACGUGCCAUGCAGAGUGGCUUCCGCUGGAAAGGCUGAAAGUACCUGACUUUUCCAAAUUCAAGCAAGGCAUGAAUGCGACAGUCGAAGAUGUGGCCUCUGGCUCACUUUUCCAUUGCAAAGUCUUGCAGGUGUCGAAUGAGGAAGACCGAGUAGAGGCCCCUGUGUAUGUUCACUACCAUGGUUACGAGUCAGAUUAUGAUGAGUGGGUAGGUGCAGACCGGAUUCGAAGCAAGGCUUUGAUCUGGCAUGAGCCUGGUCUACCCAGUGACAUCAUGAAGAGCCAGCACUCUGAAUCUGAAAGUGCUGCGACUGACUCUGAUGAAAGCGAUGAGGAAUCAGCAGCUUGCGUGGAACCGAAGGUUGUGUGUUGCAGGUGGUUGGCUGGCAAAUGCUUGCAUACAGGGCAUCAUGUUCACGGAAAGAAGCUGCACUUGCACGAGGAUAUCCAGGGUUUACAGUGUGGCUUCGGUGCAAGUUGCUGGUACAAACACUAUGAGAGAAAAAGUGCCUUUUGUGCAGAACAAGGAGAGCUCAAAGAGGGCAUGGUGAUUUGCGUCUGCAGCGGCUCACAGAUGGUGUCAGGCAAGAUUCUGGACAUUUCUGGGUCUCGAGGCGUCAAAGUGAGAUACGCUGCACGGGAAGAAGCAGGCACGUGCCAUGCAGAGUGGCUUCCGCUGGAAAGGCUGAAAGUACCUGACUUUUCCAAAUUCAAGCAAGGCAUGAAUGCGACAGUCGAAGAUGUGGCCUCUGGCUCACUUUUCCAUUGCAAAGUCUUGCAGGUGUCGAAUGAGGAAGACCGAGUAGAGGCCCCUGUGUAUGUUCACUACCAUGGUUACGAGUCAGAUUAUGAUGAGUGGGUAGGUGCAGACCGGAUUCGAAGCAAGGCUUUGAUCUGGCAUGAGCCUAGUCUACCCAGUGACAUCAUGAAGAGCCAGCACUCUGAAUCUGAAAGUGCUGCGACUGACUCUGAUGAAAGCGAUGAGAAAUUUGCAGCGGAAUUGCAGGCUUCUUUGCUUGACAAGUUUGUGUGUUGCAUGUGGCUGGCUGGAAAGUGUUGGCUGAAAGGGCACCAUUCCCUCGAGGGAAAACUUUUCUUGCACGAGGACAUCCCUGGUCUACAGUGUGGUUUUGGUGCUAGUUGCAGGUACAAACACUAUGAGACAAGAAGUUGCUCCAUCGCUACACCUGUGAAUAUGGACCACUCUGAAAGUCAAAGUGUUGAGCCACACCAUUUGCAAACUGCCACUGCUUUGCGAGGCGAGACGAGAGAGCGGGGCGGUGCUUAUGCCACACCAGAUGCAUUGCCUACACUUGCCUUGCCUUGGUGUGAACCACUUGACUCUGGGACUGCCCUUGAAGACACUCUUCCACAACGGGACAGACAGUUGGGCCCACGCGAGGAGGACAGUGGUAGUGACUCCGGCACAGACUUCGAGACCUCCAUACCACCAUCCAAUGACAUGGAGUCAUCUUGCCUUGGUGCACCGAAUGACUGGGAGGAUCGAAUGGCUAGACAGCCCUCCAUCUUGGACUCCUUCCAGCAACUCCCGGGGCUUAUUGUCUUUGGGACUUUUCGAUCUGUCAGCGGCAAGGAUGUCUGGAAAUGUUCUGGAGAGGUCAUUGUACAUCAAGGGCCUGCGCCAUUGCAUGGCUGCAAAGUGAAGAUUUGGGGCGGCAAAACCCGUGGUCCCACAUGGGAUUACGACAGGUGCUACGUGCGGAUCCUGGAUGCACGCAUCUGGGGGGCCAGCGAUGAACGAUCAGAUGGAAGUCCAGUGGACACGAAAAGGAUGGAGCUUUUUGGACGCAUCGUCCAUGCCAUGGAAUUCGGAGUUCCGAGGCAGAAGCUCUUCGUGUGCGUGAGGCCGAAAGUUGUGCACAAUCCGAACUUCGUCGCCUUCAAGCCAAUCAACGGCAAGCUCCCAGUCAUCAUAGUGCCAUGGAACCCAGCCGCGGAACUGCCCAGCAGCCAUGAUUUGCACGUUGUAGAAGUGCUCAAUUGGAGUGGUGACCGACAGCCGACAGGUCAGUAUUUGGAGGACUUGAAGAUGAGUUCGCGGGACUCAGACAUGUCCAUUCUCGAGGCAGUGCAGAUCUCCCUGAAUUUCAAUGACUGGCUGCGCGGCAAUCCAAGAGGUGAACUUCGCGUAGACUUGCCGAAGCCACCAAGGAGAAGCUACAUGGAAGGCAGCAGUUUGACUGUCGGCAUCCAACAUCCAGGUCUACCUAUUGGCAUGGUUAUGUCCUGCGGCCAAAACGAAUUCCACGUGCACGUGCUGGAUGUGAACGCCUACCUGGAUGCUCUGGGGAUGGAGAAGAUAGAGAACUUGCUACGGCAGCGGUCAGUCGGAGCAUGGUUCCUGGAUCAUCUCGACAACCCCUUGGAGGCGAACUUGCCACUGUUCCCGCCCAACAUUGAGGAAAAGCUGACCUUCAAGGCAGGCGAGGAAAGGCGGGCAGUAACCUUCACCAUCCAGGCGGCCCGGAGAAACCUAGAAGUAUUUGCAGUGCGUGAAACGACGGUGCGGUGCGAUCACAUUCUCACACCGCAACAGGCUGGAGAGAUGAUCUGCUCUGAUGAGGGAGGUGAUGUUGGUCAGGUGCUUCGACGCCUCAAUUCCCAAGUGGUGGAGCUUCGGGGGGCUGACUUUGCAGAACUCCUGGUUAUCGCCCUUUCCAUUCCAGGCCCGCUCCUUGCAUCGGAGCGCCUGUUGCAAGGUUGCAUGCGCGUGGUGGAUCGAUAUGUUGCAGCAACGUUGACCGCCACUGCCUGGAACCAACUUUUGAAGGAGCCCGAUGAAGAUCCACAGCUCACAGUGAGACACAUUCAGGGGCGAAUCCAAAACUGCGGGCGAAUGGUGAUUGAGCGCCUGUUGCGUCUGAAGAAGACGGAUGGAGACAAGGAGAUCCAGAUAGCUGAUAUCAUGCGAACGCUGCAAGACAUCUUGAAGCAACCCGGACUCACCAAGACGCAGAGGCAUGCCUGUCGUUCUUCCUUCCUCAGGCGUUUGCAUGCUGCCCUUCCAGCAACCUACUACGAGGUUUCCCAAGCGUCCAGUGAUUCCAGAGACCCAUGCGAUUGGUGGCAUUGGGAACCCCGGUUUCAUGUUACAUCUCCGUUGCGUCGCUACAUCGACAUUUUGGGCAUGAGAGCUUUGAAGUCUCAGCUUGGAUGGACGGCUUCGCAUCCUCACCUGCUGCUCUCCCGGCGGGAGUUGGAUGAAGCUGUCGCUCGGACCAACUGCCGGAUGGCCGCGGAAAGCUUCGGGCGGCACAUCUUUCGGACCAUCUCGAGGAUGCGAGAGCUGUCUGGCAGUGGCCAGCAGAUUGCGAAUGCCGUGAUUGGAGCAGUUGGCCCCAAGUACAUCCACAUCUUGGUUCCUUCCGAGAAGGCUCACACUUUGGAACUGCAAGUGCCAGUGAGCUCAUUGUGCAGUUCCACUUGUGUCUCGGAGUACGAUGUGACCACUCAGUCGAUCAAACUCACCAUGCAAAACGAGAGGGAUCAGGUGGAGACUUUGCGGAUUCACUCCUGGUUUGCCCAGAGUAUGACCUGUGUGAUCGCUCGCAACUACGCCCAACCCAUCCCGCACCACGCCAGCCCCAACUCGAUUGUGGUUUGGGAAAUCAGAUUUCAUGGAGAGAAGGACUUCAUCUUUCCCACGGGUCUCAAGAGCUUUCCGGAGUCCUUCUCCUCCUGGCCGGACCUCACGGAUUGGCCCUUGCUGGACCGCAAAGUGGAGACCUACUCGCAGGUGUGGUCCCGGAUCAAGUUGUCCCAGGUCCACGCUGCAGCUGUGUCCAGCGAUGACACCCCACCCGCUGCUGUGAACGACCUGAAGUGGUUUCGGAUCAGUGGCGCCUGGCACUUCCAAUGCCAAGUUGAUGUGAAGCUGUUGCGGUACCAGUGGCUUGAGCCAGGAGAUUUGGCAGUUCUGAGUCUGAGCUUGGAACGCUCUGGCGAAUGUGCCACUUUGCAGGGAACCCUCGUGAAAAUCAGAGGGAACUGGCCGACACUGCCAGUGGAGGAUGGCACAAGAAGUUUCAUCGUGGAGGUGGAGCUGUCGAAAAUUGCGGAGCUGGCCUGGCAAGCGCAGGAUUUCAGCUUGAAUGGAACUCCGACUUGGCGUCUGCACUUCAUUUUGAUCCCUCCCAACGAGAAGAAGAGCAUCCAACUGCUACAGGACAUGCAGAGGUCUUGCCCGUUGCAAGGCAUGCGCUUGACAAUUCCUAGAAGCACAACGGAGAUGAAAAAGGACAUGGAGAUGCGGCCCUUGGUGACCAUCUCAGAGGUGAAGUGUGCAAUGCAGUCGGCUUGCGCGAGCAAACUGAAUGAGAAGCAAACGCUGGCGAUUCAGAGGGCCCUGCAAAGGUUGGGUGGGGGACAAGCAUUGUUUGACUUCGGGCAGGUUGAGGAAUUCAAGUUGCAAGGCCGUCCAAAGAUGGAUGUGCUGCGGGUGGGGCUAGGAUGGAGUCAAGAAGCCUUCGACAAAUCUUAUGAAGCCAGAGAGGUGCAGAUCCUUCGCGACAGCCGAGUUGUGAUUACCACCUGCACGAAUGCAGACCUAGACUUUAUGGGUGCAACCGGAAUGUCCGAAGCAAACGAGGCUUUUCUCCAUACCUCCAUGGUGCAGGGCGAACCGCCCCAUGUGGUUCGCCCAGUAAGUUUCGGCAGCAUCGUCAUCGAUGAGGCGGCGCAGGCCAGCGAACCGGACGUCGUUCUGGCGGCCACAUCAGCCAGCUGCCGCGUCAUCGUGGUGGGAGAUCACAAGCAGCUAGGCCCUGUGGUGACGGAGCACAACUUAUCCGUCCCUUACAUCAGCGCUUUGGAGACACCGUUUCUAGAGAGGCUGCACCAAAACCCUCGGCGCUUGUCGACGAGCACCAUGCUGAAUGAGCAGUACCGCAUGCACCCUUCCAUCCGGAGCUUUCCAUCAUCGCAGUUCUAUCAGUCUAUGCUGGAGGAUCGGGUGUCCAUCCCCCAUCGGCCGCAGCUGAACUGUGUCUGGCCACAGAAGAAGGAUCAUCGGGUAUUCAUCGAUUGCCAGACACCCCAGUCCAUGGGCCUCUCUCCGGAGUUGAACCGUAACUGCGAUGCAGCUUUGAUGGAGAGCAAGGUUUCCUUGAAGAAUGUCGGAGAGGCUCGAUCUGUGGUGGCUGCCUGCGCGGCGUUGCUGCGACAGAAAUGCGACCCACGAGACAUUGCAGUGAUCACUCCCUACAAAGCCCAGCAACAUGAAAUUCGCGCAAGGCUGGAGCGGGAAGUUGGCGCCCACUCGAAGUCCAUCCUGAUCGGCACAGUGCACGCUCUGCAGGGCUCGGAGCGCGAGUACAUCAUCGUGAGCUUCGUCCGCAGCACCUCGCAGGACGAGGACGUGGUCACCUCCGUGGCAAAGACCGCCGGAGACUCCGUGGCGCUGCAGGAGAUGUACGGAGAAAGCCUUGGCAUCCUGAAGAACUACCGGGUAUUGAAUGUGGCCAUCACAAGAGCAAAGUAUGGCCUCGUUUGCGUCGGAAAUGCAGAUGUGCUGAGCAAAGGAUCCAAAGAUUUCAAUGCCUUCAUUCACAGCUUGAGGCGACGCUGGCUAGAGGAGUACGGGAAUCUGGUUCCGAGGCCCGAUCCGCGAAGCAUUCGCAGUGGGAAGGUGGUGCAGAUCCCCAUCUGGUGCUUGCGCUCGAUCCAAGGGAAGGUUCACUCGGAGAUGACAUUUACAUCCGGAAGACACAAGGACACUUCUGUCUACGAGCUCAUUCAUGACAUGUUGAGCGGUAGACAACGUCCAGAGGAUAUCGAGCCGCUGAGGGUUGUAGCGGAUAAAAGAGGGCUGCACAUCGUCAGAGGACACCGGCGUGGUCUUGCUCUCUGUGCUCUUCAAGGCAUCUGGCGGCAUCAAACAGUGCGGGCACCAUGCAUUGUGUAUGAUGCCAAGGACCCAGAGGUUGCAGGUCCUUUCGUACACAACAAGGACACCAUGGUGGAUGGCCUUGGACUGAAAUUGCAUGGGAAAUGUUCAGAGGCCUGGCACCUGGGCAAGCCUCUUUUUCGUACACCACAAGAGUGGUGCGAUCUGAAGGCUGAUCUUCCUGUGCCUGACUUGCAAAAUCCACAAAGAAGUGAACCUAGCACCAGAUCCACUGUGCAUCCUUUUGAUCCAAGGGCCAAGACUGGAGGAGAAAUAUCUCCAAACAGUCAAACAGAUUCUUCCGCAGCUGGCUCUGACGGGUCUGAUGAUGAAUCAACGGCUGAAUCACACCAUCUUUCUGGGGAUAACAAUGCAGAAUCGAAGUUCGUUUGCUGCCUGUGGCUGCGUGGAAAGUGCUGGCUGAAAGGGCACCAUUCAGUUGGGAAGAACCUCUUCUUGCAUCAGGAUAUCCCUGGUUUGCAAUGUGGGAUGAAGAAAAAGUGCAAGUACAAGCACUAUGAGAGAAGCAAUGCCUCUUUGGAUGUCUCCCCAACUUUGAGAUGGCGGGCUGUUGAAAAUGAUCCUCCAAUGAUCCCAGCCACUCAGCCUGACGAUCAGAUAAGAAAUGGCUCCAUGGCCGGACAUGUAGAGCUCAAAGAAGGCACGUUGGUUUGUGUGAUGAAUCGAAGUGGCUCAAAGACGUCUGGCGAGGUCCUGGAAAUCUCUCGGCAUGCAAACCAUGAUGAAGCACCAGUCAGAGUACGUUACAGCUCAAAAGGCCAAGCAGGGCAAAUGAAGACAGCUUGGCUUCCGCUGCACCGGCUGCAAGUGCCUGACUUUUCCCAGAUCAAGCCCAAAAUGCAGGCAUCUGGCCGCAAUAAUCUUGAUUGUAAAGUUUUGCAAGUCUCAAGGGCUAAAGACAGAGCCCGUGCUCCAAUACAUGUGCAUUACACUGGUAAAACCUCACAGCCUGACGAGUGGAUUGGAGCGGAGACAUUUCACAGCAAGUCGUUGCUGUUCCACAAGCCCGUCCUGCCUGCACGGUGUUUGAAAGGUAUGUGUUCUGAAAGUCAUGAAGAAUUACAAACAGAGCCCGCCGCAACUGCCUCAGUUGGAUCUUCAUCAGAAUCACAGAAUCUUGCCACAGAAUGUGGAGAGCUACGAAAAGGCAUGGCGGUUUGUGUGAAGAAGGACAGCGGAUCAAACCUGAUGUCUGCCAAGAUUCUUGAAGUAUCACGGCUUUCAAACCGUCAGCAAGCACCUGUGAAAGUGCGUUAUAGCGCACCAGACAAAGCAGGCCGGUAUCAAGAAAGCUGGAUUCCCCUGCACCGGGUACAAGUGCCUGACUUUUCCAAGAUCAAGCCAGGUGUUGAGGUAACUGCUUCUGAACGGGAGACAGGUGCACGUUUCGCGUGUCGAGUCUUGCGAGUAUCGGACGAGAAAGACAGAGCCCAAGCUCCUUUGUACGUGCACUACGGUGGAUACGUGUCAGAUCACGAUGAGUGGGUAGGUGCAGAUAGGCUUCACAGCAAAUUGCUGAUCUUCCAUGAGGCCAAACUUCCCAGUGAGAAGAGCCGGCAAAGCCAGCUUGCCACAAUUGGCUAUGCUGAUGGACUGGUGUCAAAACCCCAGGAUGUUUUGGUUGAUGGAAGCGAAGCAAGGUUCGUUUGCUGCCUGUGGUUGGCUGGAACAUGUUUGCAUGAAGAGCACCAUUCUGUUGGGAAGAACCUCUUCUUGCACGAGGACAUCCCUGGUUUGCAAUGUGGGAUGAAGAAAAAGUGCAAGUACAAGCACUAUGAGAGAAGCAAUGCCUCUUUGGAUGUCUCCCCAACUUUGAGAUGGCGGGCUGUUGAAAAUGAUCCUCCAAUGAUCCCAGCCACUCAGCCUGACGAUCAGAUAAGAAACGCGUCAAUCACAGGACACGCAGAGCUCAAAAAUGGCAUGGUUGUUUGUGUGAAAGGUACUGGUUCAACCAGAAUGUUUGGCAAGGUUCUCGAAAUAUCUUCGCUUUCAAAACGUGACCAAGCACCAAUCAGAGUACGUUACAGCGCAACAGGCCAAGCAGGGCAGUGCAAAGAGGAUUGGUUUUCAUUGCGCCAGUUGCAAGUGCCUGACUUUUCUCACAUCAAGUCAGGCAUGAAGGCAAAUGUUGUUGAAGCUGCAACCGGAAAGAACAGUGAUUGCAAAGUGUUGCAAGUGUCGCAUGCGAAAGACAAAGCCCAAGCUCCUGUGCUUGUGCAUUACAACGGCUAUGUGUCAGAUGAUGACGAGUGGGUCGGUGCAGACAGGUUUCGCAGUAGGUCUUUGAUCUUCCAUGAGGCCAAACUUCCCAGUGAGACUUCGAAGAGCCGGCAAAGCCAGCUGGCCACAACUGGCUCUGAUGUCUAUACUGAUGGACUGGUGUCAAAACCCCAGGAUGUUUUAGUUGAUGGGAGCGCAGAAUCGAAGUCAGUUGGCCGCAUUUGGCUUGCCGGAAGGUCUUCAUGGGAAGGUCAAGAUUCUGGUGCGAUGAAGCGCUACAAACUCCACGAGACCAGAAUAGCCGCGGUGCAGCGAGGUGCAGAGCAUGUGGGAUAUCAGACCUUUGCGGGAGACCCUCCCAUCAUUGCAACUGCUGCUCAGCACUCUAAAAGGAAGCCUACAGCACAUGCUGCAUCCCCCAUUGCUUUGCCAUGGUAUGAACAUGACUCUGAAGCUGACGCCUCGGACGCUGCUAAUUCACCACGGUCCGAUAGGCCACUGGGCCCGCGUGAGGAGGACAGUGACGGUGGUUCUGAUACCUACUCAGAGCCUCCGAUUCCACCAUGCGAUGGUAUUGAGUCAUCUUGUGCUGCUGCGCCCAACGACUGGGAAGAGCGCAUGGCCAGACAGCCAUCCACCUUGGACUCCUUGAAGCAGCUCCCAGGGCUGGUGGUCUUUGGGACCUUCCGAUCCACUGGUGGCAAGGAGGCGUUGAAACGUGGUGCUGGAGAGGUCAUUGUUCAUCGUGGUCCUGCAGCAUUACAAGGUUGCAAAGUCAGGAUUUGGGGCAACAAAACCCGGGGUCCCACUUGGGACUUUGACCGAUGCUAUGUGCAGAUCUUGGAUGCUCGUGUUUGGGGGCCUAGCCGCAAACCAUCACAUGGAAGUGCGAUUGAUGUGGAAAGGAUGGAAUUCUUCGGAUGCAUCUGGCAUGCCAUAGAAUUUGGAGUUCCCCGGCAGAAGCUCUUUGUGUGCAUGAAGCCGAAAGUGGUGCACAAUCCGAAACACGUUGCAUUCAAGCCGAUCAAUGGCAAACUUCCAGCCAUCCAAGUACCCUGGAAAACAGCCUCCAAGCUUCCAGGCGGCCAUGAUUUGCAUGUGGUAGAGGUGUGUGAUUGGAGUGGCGAUAGCUGCCCCAGGGGCCGUUAUUUGAAGGCCUUGAAGAUGAAAUCACGCCACACCGACAUGUCCAUCCUCAAGGCAGUUCAGAUCUCCCUGAAUUUCUGUGACUGGCCGCGGGGCGAUCCAAGAAACGAGCUGACAGUGGACUUUCCGCAGCCUGCAAGGAGAAGGGUCGCAGAUAGUGGUUUGACCGUGGGCAUCUCACAUCCAGAUCUACCCACUGGCAUGCUGAUGUCCUGCGGCGAGGACGAAUUCUACAUGCACGUGCUGGAUGUGAACGUGAACUGCCUUGGGAUCAUUGCGUAUUUGGAUGCUCUGGGGAUGGAGAAGGUGGAAAACUUGCUACGGCAACGGUCGGUCGGAGCAUGGUUCCUGGAUCAUCUCGACAACCCCUUGGAGGCCAACUUGCCACUGUUCCCGCCCAACGUCGAGGCGCAGCUGACAUUCAAGCCGGGAGUAGAAAGGCAUGCAGUGACCUUCACCAUCCAGGUGCCUGAGUUCAAAGUCUCCGCAGUGGACGAAACGACUGUGCGAUGCAAUCAUAUUCUGAGCCCCCAGGAGGCUGGAGUCAUGAUCCUCUCGGACAAGGGAGGUGAUGUUGGCCAAGUGCUCCGAAGCCUGCAUUCCCAUAUGGCGGAGAUUGGGAGAGCUGACCUUGCAAGAGGAAACGGGUCCACCUUGGAACAUUUGUUGGUAGCGGUUUCCAUUCCAGGUCCACUUUUAGCGACGCAGCAACUCUUGCACAGCUGCAUCUCCACGGUGGAGCGUUACAUCGGAACAACUUUGACUGCUGAUGCCUGGAAAAAGCUCUUGCACGACGAGGAAGAUGCAGAGCUCACGGUGAGAUACGUCCAUGGCCGGGCUGAACCUAGCACACGGAAGGUCAUCGAGCGGUUGCUUCGGGUCAAACAGAGUGACCGAGACAAGGACAUCCACAUAGAGGAUGUGAUAGAGACGCUGAGAGAGAUAUUGCAGCAACCGGGGCUCACGAAUGCGCAGAAGCAUGCCAUGCGCUCUUCCUUCCUCCGGCGUUUGCAUGCUGCACUUCCAGCUGCUUACUACGAGGUCAUCCCAGCAUCGAGUGAAUAUUCCAGUAACACAGGCGAUUGGUGGCAUCCGGAGCCCCGAUUCCACGUUACGUCUCCGUUGCAUCGCUACAUCGACAUUUUGGGGAUGAGAGCUUUGAAGUCUCAGCUUGGAUGGACUGCUUCGAAUCCUCAUCUCCUGCUUUCUCGAAGGGACUUGGGGGAGGCUGUCGCUCGGACCAACUGCAGGAUUGCUGCAGAAAGCUUCGGGCGGCACAUCUUUCGGACCAUCUCCAGGAUGCGAGAGCUGUCUGGCAGUGGCCAGAAGGUUUCGGAUGCCGUGAUUGGAGCAGUUGGCCCUACCUAUAUCAACAUCUUGGUUCCGUCUGAGAAGGCACACACUUUGGAACUCCAAGUGCCGGUGAGCUCCUUUUGCAGUUCCGCCUGUGUCUCAGAGUACGAUGCGGUCACCCAGUCUAUCAAACUCACAAUGCAGAAUGACAGGGAUCAUUUGGAGACCUUGCGGAUUCGCUCAUGGUUUGCCCAACGAAUGACCUGCGUGAUCGCUCGCAACUAUGCCCAGCCCAUCCCGCACCAUGCCAGCCCCAACUCCAUCGUGCUUUGGGAAAUCAAGUUCCACGGAGAGAAGGACUUCAUCUUUCCCACCGGUCUGAAGAGCUUUCCGGAAUCCUUCUCCUCUUGGCCGGACCUCACGGAUUGGCCCUUGCUGGACCGCAAGAUGGAGACCUACUCGCAGGUGUGGUCCCGGAUCAAACUGUGCCAGGUCCACGCUGCAGCACUGUCCAGCGAUGCAUACACCUCAGCAACUUCUGUGAACGACCUGAAGUGGUUCCGCACCAGGGGCACUUCGCACUUCGAAUGCCAAGUCGAGGUGAAGCUAUUGCAGUACCAACGGCUCCAGCCAGGCGAUUUGGUGGUUCUAAGCUUGGAGCGUGCUUGUAGACCCAUCAGCUUACAGGGAAUCCUUUUGAAGGCGAAGGGAACAAAUCAGAUGCAGGGUGUGGAAGAUGGCAAGAAGAGUUUCAUUGUCCAGGUGGAGCUAUCAAAAAUAUCCGAACUUGCCCGGCAAGCACAGGAUUUCAGCUUGGAUGGUGCUUCAACUUGGCGUUUGCACUUCAUCUUGAUCCCUCCCAACGAGAAGAAAUGCAUCCAACUGCUGCAAGACAUGCCAAGGUCUUGCCCGUUGCAAGGCAUGCGCUUGACCAUUCCGAGAAGCACAAAGGAAAUCAAAAGGGAGAUGGAGAUGCGACCCUUGGUCAGUAUCUCAGAGGUGACGCAUGCAAUGCACUCGACCUCCAAAAGCAAGCUGAAUGGAAAGCAGACGUUGGCCAUUCAGAGGGCCCUGCAGCGGCCGUUCUCAAUGGUUCAAGGGCCUCCAGGGACGGGCAAGACCUCCAUGCUCGUUCAGUGCGUUGCUGCUCUCUUGACAGCCUCAAGACCGCGUUGGAAAGAUGGCCGAAUCUUGGUCUGUGCACCAUCCAAUCACGCGGCCGACCACAUCUUGGACAGAUUGAUGAGUGCUGGCAUACCGGCCCACUACGUGACGCGAGUAUAUUCGAGGUUUAUUGAAAGAUGCCAUGGAAGCGGGUACAAGGGUGGGACAACGAAGUCAGAGGGAAGGUUUGAGAUUCAACUGCACCUCCAAGAACACGCACUCCACUGGAAAGUGAGUCAGUCCCCCAAGGUGAAGUUUCUCCCCUGGGGAAGGAGUCAAGGCACCUUCAACAAAUCUUAUGAAUCUGGAGAGGUGCAAAUCCUUCGUGAUAGCCGCAUUGUGAUCACAACAUGUGCGAGUGCUUAUCUCCAUACAGCUCUGGUGAAGGGCGAACCGCCCCACGUGGUUCGCCCAGUGAGCUUUGACAGCAUCGUCAUCGAUGAAGCGGCGCAGGCCAGCGAACCAGACAUCGUCCUGCCGGCCACGUCAGCCAACUGCCGUGUCAUCGUGGUGGGAGAUCACAAACAGUUAGGCCCUGUGGUGACAGAGCACAGCUUGUGUGCUCCUUAUGUCAGCGCUUUGGAGACUCCGUUUUUGGAGAGGAUGCACCAAAACUCUCAGCGCUCAAUGACGAGCACCAUGCUGAAUGAACAGUAUCGAAUGCACCCGUCCAUCCGGAGCUUUCCGUCAUCGCAGUUCUAUGAGUCUAUGCUGGAGGAUCGGGUGUCAAUCUCUCAUCGGCCGCAGCUGAACGGCAUCUGGCCACAGAAGAAGGAUCAUCGGAUCUUCAUCGAUUGCCAGACGCCGCAAUCCAUGGGCCUCUCACCAGAGCUGACUGGCACCUGUGAUGUGGCGUUGAUGGAGAGCAAGGUGUCCCUUAAAAACGUGGGAGAAGCUCGAUCAGUGGUGGCCGCCUGUGCAGCGCUGCUGCGGCAAAGAUGCGAUCCACGAGACAUUGCCGUGAUCACGCCAUACAAAGCCCAGCAACAUGAGGUUCGUGCCAGGUUGGCAAGAGACAAAGAUGUUGGCUCUCACUCAAAGUCCAUCUUGGUGGGCACCGUGCAUGCUCUGCAGGGCUCCGAGCGCGAGUACAUCAUCGUGAGCUUCGUCCGCAGCACGUCCCAGGACGAGGAGGUCGUCACAUCCGUGGCAAAGACAGCCGGAGACUCCGUGGCGCUGCAGGAGAUGUACCAGACAAGUCUGGGCAUCCUCGAGAACUACCGGGUGUUGAAUGUGGCCAUCACCCGAGCUAAGUAUGGCCUCAUUUGCCUCGGGAAUGCAGAUGUUCUGAGCAAAGGAUCCAAGGAUUUCAAUGCCUUCAUUCACAGCUUGAGGAGCUGCAGAUGCAUUCUGAGUCAAAAGGACUUCAUAGAAUCGGUCCGCAAACGCAGCGCGUGCAAUUCACUUUUAAAAGGAGCAUAG